UGGGUAGCGUAUUUACAAAGGAGCCUCUCCGCCAGCCCGUGCCACCGCUGCUAAUGAGAGCGGUCAUUAAGUAAAUGAGACGUCGCCUUUAGCUGGCUUAGGAGUUCGCACACUAAAGGGAGAAGAUAUUUAAUUGAAACCCGCACACAGGCUCCCCACAUGUGACCGCUGGGAGGGAGGCAGCUGCCUCGCCUCUCCACCCCGUCCACCCUGCACCCCCAUGUAAAUUUCAUGAUUGCUUUCCGUGAUGUCAUUUUGAAGGAGGACAGACAAUAGCUGUGGGGAAAGAAAAUGAGUUCCGGGGGGAGCUGCUGAGUCAGAGGUGGACGCAAGGACACAAAGCCAACGACUGCAGGACCUCAAGACUCUUCCUGGGUGGACGUGGCAAGAUGAGCUUGGAAAACGAGGAAAAGAGAGCUCGAACAAGAUCCAAGGCCCUCCGAGCUCCCCCAGAGCCCACAGGUGCUGACCUCAGCUGUCCUACCCCAGGAUGCACAGGCUCAGGACACAUCCGGGGCAAGUACUCCAGGCACCGAAGUUUGCAGAGCUGCCCUCUGGCCAAGAAGAGGAAGCUGGAGGGUGCUGAGGCUGGGCACCUGGGGUCCAAGCGGAAGGCGCACCCCCUGAAGCUGGCGCUGGACGAGGGCUACGGCGUGGACAGCGACGGCAGUGAGGAUGCUGAGGUGAAGGACGCCUCUGUUUGGGAUGAAUCGGAAGGAACUGCGGAGGAGGACGAGGCGGAGACGUCAGGACCGGAGGAGAGUCAUCGCCCCGAGCCAGCUGAAGGAAAGAGCCCUGUCAAGGCUCAUUUCGGGUCCAAUCCCAUCAGCAGCCCCACGGGCUCCUCCAAGGGCAGCUACAGCAGCUAUCAGGAAAUCAUUGCAACUUCACUCCUAAAUUUGGGCCAAAUCGCUGAAGAGACCCUGGUUGGGGAAGGCUCUGGCCAGGCGGCCCAGCCAGGCCCCGGCUCCGUGCGCGAGGAGGAGGCUGAGGAAAGGGCUACCAGUGACGCGGGGGAGAAGGACGUCUUUAUCCAACCGGAGGAUGCCGAGGAGGUCAUCGAAGUCACCAGCGAGCGCUCCCAGGAGCUGUGUCCCCAGUCCCUGGAGGGUGUGGUCAGUGAGGAGCCCAGCAAGCAGAAAGUGGGCCUGAGUAACGAGGAGGAAGAGGAGGAGGAGGAGGAGGAGGAGGAGGAAGAGGAAGAUGAGGAGGAGGAGGACGAGGAGUUGGAUGAGGACGAGGAGGCCCCCCCAGACCUGAUCUGUCAAGAGGACCCCCCCUGCACCCCCACCCCAAAGGCCCCUGAGCCCCAGCACCCAUCACCUCCCAGUCCCACGCCUGAGCGCUCUGUCAUAGUGGAGGUGCACUCGGACGAGGACUCGCGCUCCCAGAAGUCCACGGUCACGGACGAGUCGGAGAUGUAUGACAUGAUGACCCGCGGGAACCUGGGCCUCCUGGAGCAGGCCAUCGCCCUGAAGGCAGAGCAGGUGCGGGCUAUCUGUGAGCCGGGCUGCCCAGCCGCGGAGCAAGGCCCGCUGGGUCCAGGGGAGCCAGGGAAGGUGGCCAGGCCCCCAGAUGGCGUGCGAAAGAACUACUGCAGCAAAGAUCCCUCAAGAGCUGAGAAGCGUGAGAUCAAGUGUCCGACGCCAGGCUGUGAUGGCACUGGCCACGUCACGGGGCUGUACCCGCACCACCGCAGCCUAUCUGGUUGUCCCCACAAGGACCGGAUCCCCCCAGAGAUCUUGGCCAUGCACGAGAACGUGCUCAAGUGCCCCACCCCCGGCUGCACCGGCCAGGGCCACGUCAACAGCAACCGCAACACCCACAGGAGUUUGUCUGGGUGUCCCAUUGCUGCUGCAGAAAAAUUAGCCAAAUCUCACGAGAAGCAACAACCACAGACGGGAGACCCUUCCAAGAGCAGUUCCAAUUCAGAUCGGAUCCUCAGGCCCAUGUGCUUCGUGAAGCAGCUUGAGGUCCCUCCAUAUGGAAGCUAUCGGCCCAGCGUGGCCCCUGCCACACCCAGGGCCAACCUGGCCAAGGAGCUGGAGAAGUUCUCCAAGGUCACCUUCGACUACGCAAGUUUUGAUGCUCAGGUUUUUGGCAAGCGCAUGCUUGCCCCAAAGAUUCAGACCAGCGAAACCUCACCUAAAGCCUUUAAAUGCUUCGACUACACGCACGACGCAGAGGCUGCCCACAUGGCUGCCACCGCCAUCCUGAACCUCUCCACGCGCUGCUGGGAAAUGCCUGAGAACCUCAGCACAAAGCCGCAGGACCUGCCCAGCAAGGCUGUGGACAUCGAGGUGGAUGAGAACGGAACCCUGGACUUGAGCAUGCACAAGCACCGCAAGCGGGAAAACGCCUUCCCUGGCGGUGGUGGCAGCCCCGGCGUGAAGUCACCAGAGGCCUCCCAGCGCCAGAGCAGCACCAGCGCCCCCAGCAGCUCCAUCACCUCCCCCCCAUCCAGCCACGCCUCCCGCCAGGACGAGUGGGACCGGCCUCUGGACUACACGAAGCCCAGCCGCCAGCGAGAGGAGGAGCCUGAGGAGUCAGAGCCAGCAGCCCAUUCUUUUGCUUCUUCUGAAGCAGAUGACCAGGAAGUGUCGGAAGAGACUUUUGAGGAGCGGAAGUACCCUGGGGAGGUCACCCUGACCAACUUUAAGCUGAAGUUUCUCUCCAAGGACAUAAAGAAGGAGCUGCUCACCUGUCCCACCCCCGGCUGUGACGGCAGUGGCCACAUCACCGGGAACUAUGCCUCCCACCGCAGCCUCUCUGGUUGCCCUCUUGCUGACAAGAGCCUCAGAAACCUCAUGGCUGCCCAUUCUGCUGACCUCAAGUGCCCCACGCCCGGCUGCGAUGGCUCUGGCCACAUAACGGGGAACUACGCUUCGCACCGGAGCCUGUCAGGCUGCCCCCGUGCCAAGAAGAGUGGAGCCAAGGCGACGCCUGCAAAGGACGACAAGGAGGACCCUGAGCUAAUGAAGUGCCCAGUUCCAGGCUGUGUGGGGCUUGGCCACAUCAGCGGCAAAUACGCCUCUCACAGGAGUGCGUCGGGCUGCCCCCUGGCUGCCCGGAGGCAGAAAGAGGGCUCCCUCAAUGGCUCGUCCUUCUCCUGGAAGUCUCUGAAGAAUGAGGGGCCCACAUGCCCCACUCCAGGCUGCGAUGGCUCUGGCCACGCCAAUGGGAGCUUCCUCACCCACCGGAGCUUGUCUGGCUGCCCUAGAGCGACCUUUGCUGGAAAAAAGGGAAAACUCUCAGGGGACGAGGUUCUCAGCCCAAAAUUCAAGACAAGUGAUGUGCUGGAGACCGAUGAGGAGAUCAAGCAGCUGAACCAGGAGAUCCGUGACCUGAACGAGUCCAACUCGGAGAUGGAGGCAGCCAUGGUGCAGCUGCAGUCCCAGAUCUUGUCCAUGGAGAAGAGCCUGAAGACCAUCGAGGAGGAGAACAGGCUCAUUGAGGAGCAGAAUGAGGCCCUGUUUCUGGAGCUGUCGGGCCUGAGCCGAGCCCUCAUCCGAAGCCUCGCCAACAUCCGCCUUCCGCACAUGGAGCCAAUAUGCGAGCAGAAUUUUGACGCCUACGUAAGCACCCUUACCGACAUGUACUCCAACCAGGAGUGCUACCAGAACCCGGAGAACAAGGACCUCCUGGAGAGCAUCAAGCAGGCUGUGAGGGGGAUCCAGGUCUAGGCCUCCCUGUUCGGGGAGCCACCAUGCUGACCCCGGGGCGCCGGGCACCCACUCAGCUCCACUGUUUACCUCCCUUGCCCGGCCCUCCCGGUGGAGAUUUCCAACUUACAGUGACUCCUAGCUGGCAGCCCCGGGCAGCCUCGGUGGCCACCCGGAGGGGCUGGGCCUGGAAAGCCGUAUCUUCCUCGAUGCGAUGCGCUUUGCCAGGCCAGAGCCUGGGCCUCUCCACGCAAGUGCAGGUGCACGAAGGGUUACAAGUGAUUUGUUUUUGCUUCUGGAGUCUCCAGUGGAAGCUCAUGGACAAGGUUCUCAGGGAAGUUUUGGAGUUCGCAACCACAGUAUUGCUUUGUCUGUCGAGGCGGGAGGGCAGCCGUGGGCCGGGGCGGGUCGUGCGUGUGUCAUGUCAGCCUGGAGCGUGCCCGUGUGCCUGCUUGGUGCAGCCACUGUGGCAAGUGUGUUUUCUGUUGUCCUUUAAUUCAGUUUUAUGUUAAGGAUGGAAAAAAGCAACGUUCCAGAGGGUAGGUUAGGAAUAUGCCUGCAGCCCACUGUCAGCUCAAGGAAGCUAACCUGGGACCCUUGAAAGUUCCAACCGGAAGCUCCUCUGUCUGGGUGCUGUGGCCUGAGCCCAUACAGACACUGCGGCCUGGGGUCAUGCUCCCUCUUGAGGUCUGGGUCAGGGCCGGGGCCUCUGGCUCUGCAUGCGCCCGCCCAGACCCAGACCCAGACCCAUCACUGCCGCGUGCCCCGGGUCACAG